AUGUCGAGACUAGGUAUUAAUGAUGACGGCAAGCGAGAGGUCUCCGCUUCGAGAGCCCGCGAUGUUACCAUCACCCGGCCAAAGUAUGGCAUGCGCAAUGAAACCCGCUCAAUCGAUCGCCAGGGCUAUAACAACUCUGGCAAGGCCAUCGACGUGGUUAUGAACACUUACCCGAUCAAGGAAUUCCCCACCAAGUCAGUUCAUCAAUAUGAGAUGAUCGUCGAGCACGGAAACAAUCGAGUAAGUGCCGAUGAGGACCGACGCGUCUUCCGGCGAUGCUUCAAUUGCGAGACACGUAAAACACAAUUUCCCGAUGCCAUCUACGAUGGAGCGAAAACAAUUUGGUCCGCCGUCCGCAAUGAAAAUGAUAUUUCUGAGCGAUUGGAGUACGCUGGAGGUAAGACCCGCGGUACCGGCAUGGGCAAGCUUGAUCUCUACGGUAAGGAGGUGGUUUUCAGAAUGAAAUAUCGCCGCAAGGUCAAUCUGGAAGUUAUCGGCAGGUGGUUACAGAAGAAGCAUGAGCUGGAUGAGUCUGUAAUCGAGGCACUUAACUUCCUUGACCACCUGAUUCGCGAUUGGCCCACGAAGCAAUUCUUUUCACACAAACGGGCAUACUUCUUCCAAAGCCUCGAGGAGACUCCGUCACACAAGAACAUUGCGCAUGAGUUCCAUUACUCGCUUGGGGCCUAUUCAGGUGCCACCUGCUAUCGUGGGAUCUUUCAGAUGAUCCGACCUUGUGUCAAUGGUCUUCAGCUGAACCUUGAUACUGCUCAUGCGGUUUUCUUUUCCCGCAUCAGCCUUCUUGGUACCAUGAAAGGACUGACCAAGGCCGGCGCUGAUGACGAGCUUGCCAGGAUGCUCCGCCCCAAGAUUGACAACCGGAAUGUUCGACACUCCAGCCCUGCUUUCAUCCAGCUCAGCAAGAACCUUCAGGGUCUUCGUGUCCAACCAGACUACGAUGGAUGCCCUUACAAGGACAAGAGCUUUAUCAUUGAAAAGCUUAUCGACGCCAGUGCGUCUGAGUAUAAGCUGAUGAUCAAUGACAAGGCCUCAGGCAAAGAGAAGUCAAUGACUGUGGCGGAAUACUUCCUUAUGAAAUACAACAAGGCCUUGCAACAUCCUCACAUGUCUCUUGUUCAAAUGACCAAACAGGGAGUGAUUUACCCCGCUGAGCUUUUGGUCAUCAAGAACCUUCAGCGAUGGCCAUUCAAGCUCACUGAUCUCCAGACUGCUGAUAUGAUCAAGUAUACCGCCAAGAAGCCCGGCGACCGUCUGGAACACAUUAGAAAAUGCAAAACCAUCCUGAACCACGAUGAAGAUCCGAGCCUGGCACAUUAUGGGCUCAAGAUCGGGAAAAAGAUGGUUAUGGCCAAAGCACGUCUGUUGCCGAAUCCAGAGAUUCAAUUCGGAAAUGUCAAACACAAUCCAGGAACUAGUGCUCGAUGGGAUCUUCGUGGAAAGAAGUUCUUCAAAACCAAUACUAAGUCCCUCAGCUCAUGGGGAGUCGGAUAUUUUACUGGUCAUCGCAACGAUAUUAACUUUGAUCAGGUUCAAGCAUGGCUUGACCUGUUUAUGAAGGCAUACAAACAGCACGGUGGCAGCAUUGCAAACCGGCCUUUCACCAUCAAGAUGAAGGAAGAUAUCGGCGAGGCAAUGAACGAUCUCUACCAAAAAACAAAAGAGGCUUGGAAAGCGGAGCCUCAGCUUCUGGUGAUCAUUGUACCGUCCAAGGAUGCAUUUGUUUACCUUCGGAUCAAGAAAUCGGCCGAUUGCCGAUUCGGAGUUCCUUCUCAGGUUCUGCAAUCCUUACGUUGCAUAGAUAACCGUCCCCAGUACAGCUCAAAUGUUCUCAUGAAGGUGAAUGCCAAGCUCGGUGGAGUGACUAACCGCAUUAUCCCAACUUCUACUGGAUCAACUCUACGUCCGCGCUCCAUCAUCAUCGGAGCCGAUGUGACCCACCCUGCACUGGGUGUCUGGACUCCAUCUCUGGCGGCAAUGUGCAUCUCCAAUGAUACUAAUGGAGUUAGCUAUAUGGGUGGAUGCCAGUGCAAUGGAACCAAGGUAGAGAUCAUCACCAAAGAGAACAUCAGGAGUAUCCUCGGACCUCUGAUUCGGGAGUGGUACCAAACGGUUGGCAAGAAACAAUAUCCGAAACAGAUCUACUAUUUCCGAGAUGGUGUGUCCGACUCCGAGAUCAGUGGUGUUCUCAACAAGGAAGUUCCUGCCAUCCGCAAGGUUGUGGCUGAGGCCUGUAAGGAAGAUGAAUGGCGAGGAAAACUGUGUGUGGUGAUUGCCAACAAGCGACACCAUCUUCGUGCAUUCCCGAACCCUAAAGACAGCACUUCUGAUCGAAACGGCAACCCUCUACCCGGUACUCUGAUUGAUCGUGAAGUCACCAGCCCGCAUGGCUGGGACUUCCUCCUUUACGCACAUGCGGCACUCCAAGGAACUGCCCGGCCCGUCCAUUACAAGGUCGUUCUUGAUGAGAUUGGCCACAAGCCCGAGGAGCUAGAAAACAUGAUCUAUGAGCAAAGCUACCAGUACGUCCGAUCCACCACGCCUGUCUCAAUUCACCCGGCCAUCUACUAUUCGCAUUUGAUCACUGCUCGUGCCCGUCAUCACGAAAAUGUGAACUCUUCCGAUGGGCCCCAGAGCGGCGGGCGAAUGCCCCAUGAGCGUUCACUGGUAAAGCCAGAGGGGGUCCAAAGCAAACUCCUCAGCAUGAGGGGCUCGUCCAACAACCUUCCGCUCUCAAUGUGGUGGGUAUAG